AUGCGGCAAAAAGAAAUUGGACUAGAAAAUCAGCAAAAGGCGAAGCUCUUAGUAAAUGCAUUAAAAGACAGAAUUGCUGCUGCUUCGCAGCAGCAGCAGCAGCAGGAGCAGCAGGAGCAGCAGCUGCAGCACGAGCAGCACGAAAAAUGGCCGCAACAGCACGCAGAUGCGCAACAAGAAACGCAGCAGCAACCGCAGCAGCAGCAACACCACAGUCAGCAGCAGCAGCAGCAAGAGCCGCCGCAGCAGCAGCAGGGAGAAAAGGAGCAGCAACAGCAGCAACAGCAGCAGCAGCAACAGCAGCAACAGCAGCACGGGGACGAUGACGACGAAGAGAUGGCUUGCUCUCCCUAG